AUGUUUGAAAGAAUUGAGCACAGGGUUUGUUUAAGGCAUCUAUAUGCCAAUUUCAAGAAAAAAUUUGGAGGGGGUGCACUCAUUAGAGAUCUAAUGAUGGAGGCUGCAAAAGCCACUUACUACCAAGGCUGGUUACAAAAGAUGAACGAAUUAAAGUUGAUAGAUCUUGAUGCCUGGACAUGGUUAAUGGGUGUUCCUCCAAAAUCAUGGUGUAAGCAUGCUUUUUCCUUUUACCCUAAAUGUGAUGUACUAAUGAAUAACAUAUCUGAAUCAUUUAAUGCUACAAUUUUAAGUGUAAGAGACAAACCUAUUUUGACCAUGUGUGAGUGGAUUAGGCUGUACUUGAUGAAUAGAUGUUCUGCCUCAUCAGCCAAACUAAAAAAAUGGCCUCAUAAAGUAAUGCCAAUACCUAGGAAGAGGCUUGAUAAAGAAGUCAUGCUAAGUGGGCACUGGUUGCCCACUUGGGCAAUGGAAGAGACCUUUGAGGUGAAUCAUUCAUAUAAUGGUCAGAAGUUUGUAGUUGACAUUGCUAAGAGAAGUUGUACUUGUAAUUUCUGGGAGCUAGUUGGCAUCCCUUGUAGACAUGCUAUUGCUGCUCUAUCUUUCAGACAACAGAAUCCAGAAGAUUUUGUAGACAGUUGCUAUCAUAGGGACAAGUAUGCCAUAUGUUAUAGUUUUGCUAUAAGUCCAAUAAAUGGUGAAGAAAUGUGGCCUGAGGUAGAAGCUGAUCCAAUAAUGCCCCCCAUGUACAAGAGAGGUCCUGGAAGGCCUAAGAAAUUAAGGAUUAGGGAGUGUGGAGAAGAAGGUGCUAGAAGAAGGAGAUUACCAGGUGUGUCUUAUAGGUGCACCAUUUGUGACAAAUUUGGUCACAAUGCUCAAACUUGCAAAAGCACAACUCAGAAUCCCAAUGCACUUAAAAGAAAGAAAAAAGUUAAGUUGGAUGCUCAAACUGCUGCAACUCAUGAAGCUGAAUCUGGUGCAACUGAUGUAGCCCAAACUGCUGCAACAGAUGGAGUUCAAACUGCUGCAACUCAUGAAGCUGAAUCUGGUGCAACUGAUGUAGCCCAAACUGCUGCAACAGAUGGAGUCCAAACUGCUGCAACAGAUGGAGUUCAAACUGAGACACAUCAGACUGAUUUUUUUGGAGACAUCACUGAUGAUGUGAUCUCAAGCCUGCCAGAGUUUAACUCUACCCAAUGCUCUGCUGUGGAUGGAACCUCACAAAGGAGAGGUAAGAAAAAGAUGUCACCUACCAAGCCAAUCAAGAGGAGGACAAAUGAAAGACAGAAGUUGUUCUGGUUUAAAAAACCAAUAACUGGCCCAGGUGCUAGCUCUGAAGAACCAUUAUCAGUGACUGAUGAAGAGAACAAUGAUGAGUCAAGGCGUGGGAAGAAGAAAUUGAAGAAGAACUAUUAAGUCAUGAUUAUGUAUAAGUCCUAGUUAUGUAUAAUGCUAGUGAACUUCAAUAUUUUGAUUAUGUGCU